GCGCUGGCGCUGCCCAUUCCGCCGCCACCACGGCCCCGGCCUAGACGAGGCCUGCCAGCAACGGGAAGCUCCUUUACAGCUAGCGGAGUGCUUCCGCUGCUGCCCUUUCCGAGUGCUGGCGCCGCACGGGGCGCAGCCUUUCUGGGAGAGGUACCCGGAAAGUUGCUCUCGCCCCCAAAGUUUGGUGGCGCCAGCGCAAGCUUCCAUGGCCUUAGCUGGGAUGAGCACAAGCUAU